AACACGGGUGUCCCUAUCAACGCGCUCCCCGUUGAGCUGCUGGCCGAAGUUUUCAAAGCGACGCAGCCAAAGCUCGGACGUGAAAGUGGGGAGCGUCCCUGGCUCGCUUACCUGCUCGUCUGCCGCCACUGGUUCACCGUCGGUGCCACCACCCCUAGGUUAUGGGAUUUUGUGUACGCGACGCCGAGCUUGAACUACGCUCGUACCUGCCUCGCUCGCUCCAAGGGAGUGAAAAUCGACGUCAUCGUUGUACCCGAUAUGCCAGUGGCCCCGGUCCUCUCCCAGUACCUACAGCUUGUCAGCCCGCAUGUUCAUAGGAUCCGCACGCUCGUGUUAGGCACCUUUGAUCCCGCGGAUGCUCCUUACCUGAGGGCCCUUGUUCAGCAUCCGAUGCCUGCGCUGGAGCUGUUCACC